AUGUCUAAAAUCCCAAGAAACUUUAAGCUCUUGGAAGAAUUAGAAAAGGGGGAAAAGGGACUCGGUGCAGAAUCAAUCUCAUACGGUCUCACCAACCAAGAUGAUAUCACAAUGACCUAUUGGAACGGUACCAUCUUGGGACCUCCUCAUUCAACCCACGAGAACAGAAUUUACUCAUUGACCAUUAUAUGUGAUGAAACUUAUCCAGAAAAGCCACCACAGGUGAGCUUUAUCUCCAAGAUUAACUUACCCUGUGUAGAUGACACCGGGAAAGUUGUGGUUGACCAAUUCGAUACAUUGAAGAAUUGGAGACGUCUGUACACAAUGGAAACUGUUUUGUUAGAGUUGCGUAAGAACAUGGCAGCACCCUCUAACAAGAAGUUGCUGCAGCCAGCAGAAGGAACAACCUACUGA